UAUUAUUUGGCAGGAUGUGCAAAGUCGGUGAAAGGAGGGAGUAUAAUAUUGCUUUCGAUUGAAAAGCUAUAAAUCGGGUUCGGUUUACUAGAGGCAUCUCUUCUUCUUCUUCUUCUUCUUCUUCUAUCUCCUUAUAUACCAAAAUCAACACUGUUACUUUAAUUCCAGAUAAUACUAUGAAGCAUUCAAAGGAUCCCUUUGAAGCUGCCAUUGAGGAAGAGGAGGUAUCACCCCCUGAAUCUCCUGUUGGCCUUGAUGAGAAUGAAACUGAAGACCAAGCUGCACUUAAUGUUAGUGCCCAUGGAGGUGAUGAUGCUAAUAUCAAUCCUGGUCCUGAAAAUCGUUUGACAUCUAGGAAUGUACCAAUUUCUGCUGGUACAGCUGGUCCAAGUAGUAGUAAAAUCAAAGAGGAAGAUGAGGAGGAAGAGGAAGAAAACAUGGAUGUGCAGUUAGGAAAGUUUGCAUCAAGCAGUGAUCCCGAUAAACUGUCGAAGAUGCAGUCUAUAUUGUCCCAAUUCACAGAGGAGCAAAUGAGUAGGUAUGAGUCGUUUCGUAGGUCUGGAUUUCAGAAAUCUAACAUGAAGCGGUUACUGACCAGUAUCACUGGAAAUUCAAAGAUAUCUAUCCCAAUGACGAUUGUGGUGUCUGGUAUAGCAAAAUUGUUUGUUGGUGAGCUUGUUGAAACAGCUAGAAUGGUGAUGGCUGAGAGAAAGGAUACAGGGCCAAUCAGGCCGUGUCACAUGAGAGAAGCAUAUAGAAGGCUAAAACUUGAAGGCAAGAUUCCAAAAGGAUCAGUGCCAAGGCUUUUCCGUUAGCCAACCAUGAAAGCUACUUGUGCUAUUAUUUCAGGCCAUGUAAACAUAGCUGGGCUAGAGAGCUUUGGAAGGUAUGCCAAUGCUUUUGGAUUGCCUGUUUAAAUCUGGGGAACCUCUUCCUUACGCACUUCCUUCAGAAGGACGUUAUUAGUUAUGCUACCCCCUAUUCCGGAACCCACAAAUGGAGAAAGAGAAAGGGAUAUUCUUGAGCAUCUUGGCUAAAACGUUACAACAUUGUUUUAUUUUGUAGGCAGAAUGUGCUGUGUGCGCGAAUAGAUGAUUAGUUCCUUGAGUGAAGCAGACAAUCUCUCCAAUACUUCUAUAGAGUGUUUGUCUUCUUGGUCUCUAUUGUGCAUAAAUUACUAAUAUUUUGGAUGUCCAAGCCCUUGGCAUCAUCAAUGGAUGAACUAAUCAGUAGUAUAUUGAACUUUUGAUGCACUCAAAAUAGAUACAAA